GAAUAAACAGCCUUUUUUUUUUUACCGAUGUUAGAAGAUGGUGUUUGGAUUGAACUUCUGUUUCUUAAAGUUGAAAUAAUUGUUAUGGAAGCAACGGAAACAGCAAAAAUAUUGCUUAUAAAUCAUAAACAAUAAAAGCAAGUAGUCCUCUGAAAAAUUAAAAAAAUAUAAUCUGUCCAUUCUUGUAAAAUUCAAGCAGCAUAUCACAGCAGAUCUAAUUUUUGUUGCAAAAGAUUUUCUAAGAAGCACACUUUAAUAAGGCAUUUUCUAGCGCCCGUGAAAGAAAAGCAAAUUUUUGGAUCAUACAAUAUAAAAUAUUUUUUAAUCUGUGCACUCAAAUUUGGAAUAUAUGCAAGCUUACGGAAAAAUUCUGCAAAAUGUGUAGCAAAGUCUUUUCUUUGCAGAAAUAUAUGAUGCCACAAAUAUUGACGGAUAUUAAAGAGAAAUCAUUUGUUUGUGAUGUGCGCAACAAAUGUUUCUCUCUCCCAGGAAAUUUAAAGAAACAUUUACGGAUUAAUACGAAAGAGAAACUGUAUGUUUAUGAGAUUUGCAAUAAAGCGUUUUCUCUGCCAAGCAAUUUAAUGAUACAUAUAAGGAUCCAUACGAAAGAGAAACCGUAUGUUUGUGAGAUUUGCAGUGAAGCUUUUUCUCAAAAAAGAAAUUUAAUGAGCCAUUUACGCACGCAUACGAAAGAGAAACCGUAUGUGUGUGAGAUUUGCAGUGAAGCUUUUUCUCAAAAAGGAAAUUUAAGGAGCCAUUUACGAACGCACACGAAAGAGAAACCGUACUUUUGUGAGAUAUGCAGUAAAACGUUUUCUCAACGAUCAAAUUUAAAGACACAUUUACGGACGCAUACGAAAGAGAAACCAUAUGUUUGUGACAUUUGCAAUAAAGCGUUUUCUGAGCCAAGCAGUUUAAAGAUGCAUAUAAGGACGCAUACGAAAGAGAAAACGUACGUUUGUGACAUUUGCAAUAAAGCAUUUUCUUUUCCAAGCAGAUUAACGACACAUAUAAGGAGCCAUACAAAAGAGCAACCGUAUGUUUGUGAGAUUUGCAGUAAAGCUUUUUCUGAAAAAGGAAAUUUAAAGUGCCAUUUAUGGACGCAUACGAAUGAGAAACCAUAUAUUUGUGAGGUAUGCAAUAAAGCGUUUUCUCGAAGAGAAUGUUUAAAGAGACAUUCAAGGACGCAUACGAAAGAGAAACCGUAUGUUUGUGAGAUAUGUAGUAAAACGUUUUCUCAAAAAGGAAAUUUAAAGAGCCAUUUACGCACGCAUACGAAAGAGAAACCAUAUGUUUGUGACAUUUCCAAUAAAGCGUUUUCUGAGCCAAGCAAUUUAAAGAUGCAUAUAAGGACGCAUACGAAAGAGAAAACGUACGUUUGUGACAUUUGCAAUAAAGCGUUUUCUCGAAGAGACUAUUUAAAGAUACAUUUAAGGACGCAUACGAGAGAGAAACCGUAUGUUUGUGAGAUAUGUAGUAAAACGUUUUCUCAACGAGGAAAUUUAAUGAGCCAUUUACGGACGCAUACGAAAGAGAAACCGUAUGUUUGUGAGAUUUGCAGUGAAGCUUUUUCUCAAAAAGGAAAUUUAAAGAGCCAUUUACGCACGCAUACGAAACUGAAACCCCUGUGUGCAAUAAAUCAUUUAAUGGAAAAGGAAAUUUUCAGUCCUAUUUACCGAUCCAUUUAAAAGAGUAGCUACAUGUUCGUCGCGUUUGUAAUAAAGUAUUUUCUGGUCGAAUCAUUGUAAAGAGAUAUUUAUUACAAAAUUAAGUCACAUAUUUGUAACAUGUGGAGCAAAACUUUUUUCUUGCGAGGAAAUAUGAAAUUGCCUUUAUGGGCUCAUAUGAAAUGGAAAUAUGAGCUAUAAAGAAUUUUCUGAACAGGUGAGUUUAAAGACACAUUUAUUGACGAAUAGGGGGAAACAAAACUUGUUUCUGAUGCAUGCAAGAAAACUUUUCUCGCCGAAGUAUUCGAAAAUAUUGAGUAACUGUCGCGAGUUAAAAAAAUCAAAGUGUACACCCUAUUUCCUAUAGGGGAAUAUAAAGGCGCAUUUACUGAUACAUACAAAAAAGAAAUCUUAUAUGUACGAUUAUUUGCAACCUAGCUCGAGAUUGAAGAAAUUUUUUCAUAAAAAUUUAAUUAUACAUAUUGAAACAAAAUUAUAUAUAUACCAUUUUUUAAAAAUUCUUCUAUAAUCAUAAUUGAUUGAGAAUUUAAUGAAGUAUACAAUUAAACCUGAAUUGUGCGUCUUUGAAUCGCUUUCUAUAGCUUAUUUUAAUGAUGCAGAUUUUUGUCGGGUUUACACUCGGCCAAUUUUAAGACGGGCAAUAGGCAACGCAUGCGCAGAGAGGGACUGAUUUAUGUUUGGGAUAAUUUCAUAAAAUAUAUUCAGGCAUUCCAUCCUUGGCUAUAAAUUGCUGGUUUGGAGUCCCUCAAUUUUUCUUUUCCAUUUGGUAUCGUAUUAAAAUGGAGGAUAUUUACUAAAAGUAACAUGGUAAAAUAAAAUAAAAGGUCAAAUUACAAAAAACUAUAGAAAAAAAAACUCAAAUAAAUUCAGAAAAAACUCGCAUCAGAAAGAACAAAGAGUAAAAAAUUUCGGAAUUAAUCUUUGUUAAGUAAUCUAAAGCUUAAAAAAAAAAAAACAAAAAAAAAACGCUAGAUUCUUUAAACGCACGCACAGAAAUAAAAAAUACAAUACAGCGGCAUGUUGUUAUUCCAUCGGGACAAUUACUUUCCAUUGACCGAACAGCAUUUUUCAGCUUUACUACGCAUGCGCUGCCUACUUUCAGUCUUAUAACUGGCCGAGUGUAAACCCCCCUUAGGAUGUUAUUUAUUGACUUUCUCAGUCGAAACAUAACCUGACAGUUUAGAAGAUUAAAAACCUUUACACAUCCGAAGAUGUUUUUACUAAUGCUGGCCUACAACUUUGAUAUCCUGUGAAGCUUUACCACAGAAACCCAUUUCGUUUUUCUUUUAACAUUUAACAAUAAAUGUUAACUAAACGAAUAAGAAUUUUAUGUUGAAUUAUUUUCCAUGAAAGAAAAUUCAUGGACAUAUUUGCUGACAAAUUGAGAGGAGAAUCAUUGUGAAUUUAACUUCUUUUAAAGAAUUUACUGUAAAAAAAAAUUGAUUACGCAUUUACUGACCAUUAUGAAAAAAAAAAAAAAAAAAAACCGUUAUGUAUAUAUAUA